AUGAAAUCACAAAUAAGUGCUGCACAAACUGAACAUGAGAGGAUUGGUGUUCUCUUCUCUGAAUAUUUGAAUGAUAUCACAACUCCUCAUGGAAUCAGAGUAAUAAAGACACACAAGAAACUAUUGCAACGACUUUUUGAUUGCUAUACAAAUGGUCAUGAAAGAAUGAAUUCUAUUUGUAGACAAGAGGUCUUUGGAACUGAGAAAAUCAAAAAGAAGGGAAGAAGAGCACUUAACAUUACUAAAACAACAAUGAAGAACAUAAAUGAAAAUAAAAAAGCUGAAAAGAAAACACCUACUCAAUUUUUAGAUAAUUCUUUACAAAUCCAACCAGUUCAAAUUAUUAGAUCAUUUUCUGAAUCAAGUUAUCUACAAACACAAACCCAACCUCAUCUACAUGAACCAUAA